AUUCGGACAAUUUUCCAAGCGAAGAAAAAGAAGAUAUUUUAAUUAGUGCAUACCUUAGAGCUAUACCCAUAUCAAUGGCACUUGACUCCGGUGCGAAUAUUGUGAUUAUGGGUAGAUGUGUGGAUAG